AUGGAUCAAGCUAAUUUAGAUGAAGUUCGUGAGGAAACUGAGUGGGAACAAUGUUCACGUAAUCCAGAUGUUGCAAGAUUUGUGAAAAUAAGAAAUUUAGUUGAAAGAAAUAGACUUCAAUCUUUAAGAUCUCAAUUGGAUAAACAAUUAGAAUGGGAAUUAAAACGACUUUCUUUAGAACGACGUGAAUUUGCUGAUGUCUUAGAAAAUUUACGUAAACGUCAUGAAAAAGUCGAUCGAAGGAAUGUUCGAACAUUAAAAAAUAAUCUUAAUUCAAAUUUUUAUAUCUGUGAAAGAAAUAGAAAACAUGAUAGAUACUUGAACUCUAUGAACAUGAACGAUAUUUUACCUAAAGGAUUAUUUAAUUGUACUACUACAAAUAGUAUAAGUAGUACAAAUACAUCUUCUUCAGUUAUUCCAAAAGUAAUUUCUUCACCAGAUAUAACUAAACUGGUUAACACUCGCAAUAAUAAUAAUAAUAAUAAUAAUAAUAAUAAUAAUAAUAAUAAUAAUAAUAACAGUAACAAACAUUUAAAUCCUAUACCCACAAUACAUACCGAGGCAUCGAAUUCAACUGAGAAAGUUUCAAAACCAAAUAUUUAUCACUUAUUUUAUACAGAUUCUGGUGAAUGGAUACAUUUAAACAAGCUCAAUUUGAAUAUAUCAGCUCCAUCCAGUGCAUCAAAAUCAUCCGCUUCAUCAAAAGGUAUGAAAUGUACAAAAUCUUGGUCUGAAAAUGAAUAGAUUUAAAUAUGAUAUAUAAAUGUUUAAUGUGUAUACAUGUCCCUAAUUUAAUGAUAACUUCAUUUUACGAGAUAUAUAUCUAACUGACUAUCUGAACAUCAAGAAUUGCAUAAAUUUAUAUCUAAAUACAUUUUUUUAUAGCAAUUUAGUAUAUGUAAUUACAUAGACCAUUCUUUAUUUUCAUUAUCAUAAAAUUAAAAUAAGUGGAU